AUGGAUGGGCAGGGUCAGCAGCAGCAGCAGCAGAAGCGGGGUCCUGCCGAAUCGCAUCAUCGUGCCCGUUUUCGGGAAAUGAAAAUACGCGAGUAUGAGAAUCGUUUGCGCCUGUAUUCAAGCCCCGAUAAGGUAUUCCGCUACUUUGCCACCAUCAAAAUGAAGAACCAUGCUGGCCGCUGGGAGGUGUACAUGACGCCGCAGGACUUUCUGCGCUCCAUAACGCCCGGAUCCGAACGGCAGCCGGAGAACCUGGGUCUCGAUCAAUUCCACAAGGUAACCGAGGAGCAUAUCAGAAAGUAUAGCUGCCCGUCGUUGGACAAGAACAGCAUUUUCUAUAAGUUCCAAAAGGACGGACUGCUCACCCUGGGGGACUAUCUGUUUCUGAUCAUGCUGCUGGCCGUACCGGAGCGUUACCUGGAGCUGGCCUUUCGCCUGUUCGACAUUAAUGGCGAUGGCGAUUUAUCCUUCGACGACAUGAAUCUAUAUCUCACCAAAGUCUGCCAGGGCGAUGGCCAUGUGCGCAACAUGCACCUCAAUCACUUCUUCUUUGGGCCCAAUCUCACGCAGAAGCUCAACGUGAAUGUGUUCUUGGAAUUUCAGCGAACACUGACCCGAGAGGUGCUGCUGCUCGAGUUCCAAACACUGUUGAAGGGCUCCAGGACGGUGCUCAGCGAGGUGGCCUUCGCCAAGGUGGUGCUGGCCUAUUCGGCGGCCAACAACUAUGAAAAUUCCGCAAUGCUGCUGCGCGUGCAGCAGAAAUACAAGAACUCCGAUCGGGGCGUAACAUUGGAAGAAUUUCUGGACUUUUUUCUCUUCCUCAAGGAUAUGGCCGCCGUGGACUCGGCCCUGACGUUCCACUAUAUGAGCGGAUUGAAUGUGUCGCGACAGACGCUCAGUCACAUCGCCCAUGUGGUGGUGGGCGUGCAAUUGACUGAUCACAUUAUCGAUAUCAUUUUCACCAUCUUCGAUACGGAUGACAAUGGUGUGCUGAGUCGCAAAGAGUUCUAUGAGACGUUGCGCGAUCGCAUGUCGCGUAGCUCCAAAAAGAAGGCACCCCAUUUGGCGUCCGUUAUGGGCGUUGCAUGCAAGUGUGCCGCCCAGGUGUUGAUCGAUCAAUAUUUAAACUGA